UGUGAUGCGCGAAUCAAGAACGAAGAUGGUCAACUUCCUCGAAGCAUAGCGACUGAACAAGGAAAAAAACUGUGCGUUCGGGAGCUACGAAAACUCGAACGGGGUUCGGGAAAAGUGAUCAAAAAUACUAAUCCCGAGCUAAUUCGUCUGUAUGACUGGUCCGUGACAAGAACUGAUGAAGUGAUACAUAGAUUCACCGAACUGGCCCGUUAUUUAGCCGUAGAAGCCGAACAGAUUCGUGCCUCACAAAUGGAAGAAUUGGCCCAGAAUACGGAUAUGAUCAAUGCGGAUCAGAUCCCACUGACCGCGAUGGGUGACCAUGACCAGUUGGACACAGCUCGAACGGACCAGACCACUAUUGCGUCGGAAAAGUCGGCCACAACAGCAGGCAGUCGCAGAAGCCGAAAGGCAAAAGGCAAACGAAGAAGUCGACGUGGACGUAGUAAGGAUGGUGGUCGAGACUCCGGGGUGGAAGCGUUGAAACGUCUGAGCAAGGAUGAUAUGGAGACUGUGUUUCAAGCACUAAAUGCACCGUACGACUCGCAAACAAUGUGGUCCGAACUGGUCAAACUACACGAGAAAAAUGGAGACGCGACCAUUGACUGGGCGGAAUUUCUAACAGGAAAGAAAUAUAUAAAUAAAAUGUAUCUAUCUGCCGCGUUUGAAGCAAAGAAAGGGAGGAAAAAGAAGGGCAGAAAAGGUGGCAAAGCAAGAAAAGGGAGAAUUCCAUUUGAGAUUUGUACCCUGCCACCUCAGGCAAUCUAUCGUCGUGCGGAUGGUGGCCCUCCAAUCAUGUACAUCCCGAAACAGCCGAUUCUCACCGACCAGACACGAUUCACUGCUGAACUACCACCGGAACAUCCAUUUCAAGAUGACUCUGCAUGGUAUAUGAACCUGCCAAAACGGGAAUACAUCAGUUUUCACGAUGCCGCGAAACACAACGAUAUUCCAUCCAUUCGACUCGCGAUAUCCGAGGGCUAUCCAGUGGAUACUAGGAACAAAUUUUAUAAAACUCCACUAAUGGUAGCCGCGCAUUAUGGCAAUUUGGAAGCAGCGAUUGCUCUCAUCGAGUUGGGACAUGUUAUGGUUCCAAUCACCGUGUAUUCCCGCCCGCCCCCGCCCACACACAUCCGACUCAUGUUCAGGGCGGACGUGAACGCUCGGGAUAAUUUCAAAUGGACUCCGUUACAUCAUGCCGCAUAUUCUGGCAUGAUUGAUGUGGUGGAGCUGCUGAUCAACAACGGAGCAUUGAUUGACGCGCGUGCAUUGAACGGUGGAACUGCCCUGUCUCGUGCGAUUGAAUGUUCUCGGCUGAAUGUGGUAGACUACAUCAUGUCCAAGGGGGCCAAAGUCGGAUUGGAAACACGAAAAGGAGACAAUAUGUAUGAAGUAGCUCUGGCCUGGGCCGAUCCACGGGUGAUUGAACACGUUCACGACAAGUGGGAAUUGGCACAAGAGGUGACGGACAAGAAGAAGCAAGGCACAGAUCCCAGCCGUGUAAACCAAACACGUCCUCAAACUGCCACCUCGGUCGCCUCAUCCAAACGGUCCACGGGUGCGAUUCGUCUGCAACCCCCUGAUCCCAUGCCCGGAACCGGAGCCGCUACUUAUCCGUCUGAUCAGAUCAAUUUGACCCGCGGUCUGGACACAGUGGUCGCGGCUGACGAUGCACGUGUCUGUCCGCGUUAUCCGUGGUAUCCACUGCCUACUCGAUCGGAACGCCUUGCUCGACUGAUCGAGGCUCGUGAACGUUACGGAUGGGAUCAUGGUUUACCGGGUGUUCCUGAUCAGCCGUUUGAUAGACAUUUAGCGGAACGAUUCGAAGCAGUGGACGUGGAGGCAGAGGCGGCCUAG